AAAUAAGAAGGGAGGAGUAGUGACUAGACAGAGGCAAUAGAGAGAAUAAAAGGUGAAUCACGGCCUUUGACACUUGUACCCCCACCUCUGCAGGAAUGCCCCAUUCAUCUCGUGAACGUCGUGACUCAAAUAAAUUAAAGCCCCCCUUCUCAUCCGUUUCUCCCUCCUCCUUUUUCCAUUCAAAACAAACAAAGUACAAUUCCAACUACUAUUUCUUUAUAGCUUGUUUAAAAUAUGUGUGAGUGAAGUCAAGCUGUUAGAAUUCCACCCCCUCUCACAUUAAAUUAACAUCCAUUAAGCUCCUUAAAUUCCUUGCUAUUACAAAUAUUCCACAAAUUUAAACACACUGCUUGUAAUCUUGAUCAACUAUUACAUAAGUGACAAAGUCCCAAAUCCCAAUAUACAAAGUCAUGGCUAAGUCUCACGUUGAACUCGACUUCUUUGGUUUGCAGUCCUUGCCCCAUCCUCCUCAGCCUCGGCAUCGCCUUGAUCGCCGUGAAAGUUUCCGUGGAAUAGCAAAGAUAAAUCCGGAAAUAGUGAAGAAUGUGAUAGCAAGCAAGUAUGGUGCACCUGCCGCAGCUGAUAAUAAUCCUAAGUCCGUGUCUCUUCCUGGGACUCCUCGUCUUGGAUUUUCUCAACUCCCCGUCUUUCAUCCUCAACCUCAACCUCAACCUCAACCUCGGGCAGGUAGCAUGGAGAAGGCUGGAGAAACUGCCCCAAUGACCAUAUUUUAUAAUGGCACCGUUUCUGUUUUUGAUCUGCCCCACGACAAGGCAGAGCACGUAAUGAAGCUAGCAAUGGAAAAGUAUGGAAAAGUGUUGGAUGAUUCAAGUUUAAAGACACCCAAAAUAAGUACUAAUACUGAGAAUAUACAACUAAUACAAGGAUCACUAAGUGAUGAUGGAGAUGAUGCUGAUAUGCCUAUCAAACGUAAGAAAUCACUUCAGAGGUUCUUUGAGAAGCGCAAAGAGAGGUUGGUGUCACCAUAUGCAAACAUGGAACACAUGGUUACCGGAGUCUACCAGCAAAAGACCUAAAUUAAUAUGCAAAUGUCACAGUAGCAGACAAAAACGUUGAUUACCCACGUCAAUUAUUUUGCCGUAUUGUUUUUGUUAUCUUAUUUCAAAGAUUAACCAAACACUAUCUUUCAAUUCCCUGUAUAAAUGUCUUCUUGCAACUUCCACCCUCUUUCCUUUUCUUAUGGGAAUUCUGCACGUUUUUAUUUUA